AUGUUCCAUACAGAGACUUUUUGUACAACAUUUUUGUAAAUCGUCAAAAUACAACACACAAUUGUGUUUUACAUACUGUACAUUUUUUUUGGAUUCAAUUGUCAAUGUUUAUGCUAUGUGCAAUUGUGCAUGCAAUUGAAAGUACUCUUAUUGAGUGUUGACGUUUAAUAAAAGAAAAAUGAGCGGGCAAAUCAUAAUCGUGGUUAUUUUCUAAAAUGUCUCAAGAAUAGCGCUAAAUGUUUUCCUCUGUGCACUUUUAUAGAUUUUUAUUUGAAUGUCCGAGAAUGAUUGUGAAAAUUCCCCUGAGAUUUUAUUGAAAUAAAACACUGCAUUUUAGUAGAAGUCUUACAUUCAUUCUCGAGCAAUAAUUUCAAGUCGGGUUUCCCCAAUUCUAACCCAAUCAAUUUGGAUGAAUUCUUUUGAAAUAACAAUUGAUAUAAUUUUGGUCUCGAUUUGAUAUACUAAUACAAUUUUUAUUUUUUUGAAAUAAUGAUCAUUAACUAAUAGCAACUCGUCAGUAAUGGCGUAACUAAUCCAUUGAGUAAUUCGAUUGUUGUGAGUUCGGCAACCUUAACUAAUCAAAAUAAUCAAAGUAAAACUAUUAGUAAAAAAUCAAAUGUAUCAUCCAUUGAAAUUGGUACGAAAUGCAGUGCUAUAAAAAAAAUUUCAUCAAAGGUAUCCACGACCGGUUCAACUGUAUGCCCAUCAAAUUCAAAAACCACCACCAGCAGUGUCAGCAAUACUCCAUUAGUAAAUAGUAAAGUGAAUAAAACGAAUAAAAAUCAAAAUCAGACUAUGAAUGGUUACAAAUCGACAAACGGAAAAGUCUCGAAUCACCAUUUGAACAACAAUAAUAAUGAAACAAAGCAAUUACUAUCGAGUGAAUCAUUUAAACGUAGACUUGGAACAUAUCCGUUGUCACCGUAUAAAAAUCCAGAUUUUUUGAAAUGCGAAUACGAUUUGGCACGAAGUCAAGUGAUCAAUUCUAGAUCAAGAUCUGCGUGUGGUGAAAAGAACAAUAAUAACAACAAUAGUGGUGAACUAAGUAAAACAGAUGGACUCACAUUGUCAACGUCAUUGACAUCAUCGCCGGCCAAAGAUUCAAAUCGCAAUAAGGUGACAAUUUUUUACGUAAACUCAACGUUACCAUCAAUAAAAACUAAUUCAAAUUCGACAUUGGGAGAAGCCACAAUUUCCAAACAAACUGAAUUCUCCAAUAAUAAUUCAAAUGAAAAAAUGAACGCAAAUUGUGUUCAACAACACACCGUCGACAUUUUAUCGACCGAUGACAUUAAAUUCAUAGACAGCGACGAUUCGGAACGAAGACAUUCACCGAGCACCGUAAAUGUUGCAUCGCUCAAAGAAUUUUUCAACGAUAACAUGGCGCUGAGCAAAGGUAUAAAAAAUACAUCCACACUCCCGACAACCGGAGCAUCAAAAAAGCUAAACAAUAUUCACACAAAUAAAUACAAUACCAUAACGAAUGGAAGUUGUGCACAUCAAGCAAAUGGUCAUUUUGGAAUUGCCAGAAAGGCGGUGCCCGAAGAAAUGCUCUCAUCAAACUCAUCUUCAACGUCAACACUGUCGGCGAUGACGGAAUCGUCCACAUCGUCACUGUUGGCCAAAAGUUCGACGGUCAAAGAAAACGGCACAUCAAUUAAUUUGAAUCAUUUAGAUGGUGGCGAUUCCGUAAGUUUAAGAAAUAGUUCCACCCGUAGUGCAUUGCCACCAACACCGAAUCGCGAUGAUAAAACAACAUCGUCUAUUUCUAGCCGAAUUUUACCCGAUACGGAUGCCUUCACAAAGUCACUUGCGGCCAGCUCAAUUUCGGACAAAUCGUCCGACACAGAAAAUACUGAAGGACUUUGUGGCCUUCGCAACAUAGGCAAUACCUGUUUUAUGAAUUCUGUAAUACAGCUGCUGAGCCAUACCAAAGAUUUGACGAAAUACCUCAAAACAAAAGUCGAAAUUCGUUCAUCAACCGCAGCUAAAGAUUCACGAAUUGUUACUGAAUUUUCAAAAUUAAUCAAAGAAAUGUGGAAUUGCACGACCAAUUCGGUAACGCCAAGUGAACUAAAAUUAGCUUUUUCAUCGAAGCAUCGAAUGUACAGUGGCUGUUCACAGCAAGAUGCUCAGGAAUUUUUGAGAUUUUUCUUGGAUGCGUUGCAUGUCGCACUGAAUGUUGGAACAAAAGGCGAAAAACUCGAAAUCGAUGAACAAUUAUCGGAUAAUACAAAGGCUGAUCGUACAUGGGAAUGGUACUCAAAAGUCGAAAAAUCACUUAUCAAGGACUUAUUUGUUGGACAAUUGAAAAGUUCAUUGAAAUGCACUGUUUGUGGUAAUACCAGCGUUACAUUCGAUCCGUUCUGGGAUUUAAGCGUACCAUUACCGACAUCAAGCCGUUGUAAAUUAGAAAGUUGCCUGGAUCUUUUUAUAAAAGAAGAAGUACUGGACGGUGACGAAAUGCCAACCUGUUCAAAAUGCAAGACUCGACGAAAAAGUACCAAGAGCUUUACAAUUCAACGUUUUCCGAAAUAUUUAGUCAUACAUUUGAAACGCUUCUCAGAAACACGUUGGAGCAAAUUAACGAAUAUUGUUGAAUUCCCAACUGGAGAACGAGAAUUGAAUAUGGCACCAUACGCAGCUAAUUCGUCAUCAGUACAAUACACUUUGUAUGGCAUAUGUAAUCACAUGGGAUCAACCGCUGGCGGACAUUAUGUGGCAGUGUGCAAACAUCCGACAACACGCAAAUGGCAUGAAUUUAAUGAUAACAUUGUUAGUCCGAUAUACGAAAGUGGUCUAGUUUCAUCUAGUGCAUAUGUGCUAUUCUAUGAACGAGUGUAAGGAAUACAAAAACAUUUUCAACCAAAAAUAUCCAAAUAAAGUGUGAACACAUGGGCAACAUUUAAUACAGAACCAUAAUAAAAUAAUCAAGCUCUUAAUAAAACAGAAUCACAGAGCAAUAUACCAAGCAAAUGAUGAAAUUGUUGCAAGAGAAAAUGUGAGACGGGGAGAGAAAGAAAUUUAUUACAUACAUUUAUUUCUGAUAGACUUUGGCCACUCAAAAUUUUAGUAAUAGUAAUAAUUAACUUAAUAGGAUGAUUGUAAAUAUCUAAUGAAACGGAAACAAAUGAGACGUGUGGAAGUCUCGAGAGUAUGAUUCUAGCCACAAAAUUUACAUUGAAAUCGAAAACGCGGAAUAGACACAUCCAAUUAAUGGCAUUCAGAGAUAUUUAUUUAUUAUUUAUUUAGUGAGAUUUCGUUAUUGCGAACCAAUUUAUUUAGCAUGUAACACGUAUUAGUCUCUGAAUUGACUUAAUUUUAACUAUUAGUAUACUUGUUGCUAUUUCGUCCAAGUUAGAAUUGUUUGUUUUUGCUCGGUUUUCUACUGUUUUUUUUUAUCAUUUACUCUGUGUCUUUCUUUCUCUCUUCAUGUUAUCUUUUUUAGGCCCGAAAUCAAUCCGAAAAAUAUAGUCAAUGCAUCUAAACAUCAAUCAAAUUUAAUUUUAAAUAAAUUUUUGUUCAAAUUGCUGUUGUAAUCAUCUAGUCACUCUUGGAAUGUAACCAAUCAUUUCAGCAAUCAAUUAACAACUACGCAUGCAGACCAUUUAAAUAGACAACUCAGUUAUAAAUUCUUUGGCAAUCCAAGUGCGGGUGUGUGCUGCAUAUUCAAUAGAAAUCCAUACGACGAGCACAUUGCUAUAAAUGUUGAUAACGAGCUUCGACACCGGAAUUUAAAUCAAUGCACUAUGAAUGCAAAUCAAUGUACGGGAAUCCUAUAUUAUAGUCCAAUCGGUUCGUGUGCUUGUGCCACCUACAAACAUCGUCAAACGAAGAUCGAUAAUGCAUUUGAUUUUAUUGCACAUUUCAUGGGAAAUUAUCACGUUAUUUCAUACGUUGUCAUUGGCAUCACAUUCUACGUUAUUCUUUUUUACUUUAUUUAUUGCAUAAAGUGAAUAGAAUAGUAAAGCAAACUAAACCAAAUCCUAUAAAUUUAACUAAUGAAAUUAAUUCUUCAUGUUAUUGACACAAAAAAACACACACACUCUCACAAUUACACUCUACCCACUGAACACUUUAUAUAAUUAGACAGAUAGAUCUAUUUGCUAGAACUGAAGAAAAAAAGGUCGAGUUGAUUUCGCUUUGCAAUCAAAAUUAUCGUAGAUUUUUGCUUAUUUAAAAAAAUAUAAUUUGUUGUUAUCUUCAUUUGUAAGCGUUUAAUAAACAAAAGAGAAACAUAUUUUGUAUAAUUUUUGUUAGACAAUAUGAACGAAUAUGUAAUUUAUCAAAUGUUAUUUCUUUCGAAGUUAAGAACGAUUUAGGAAUCGAAAUAAUUUCUUUUUGUGCAAAUAAAAUGUAUUUAUUAGGCGAUGAAAAUGCAGAGAAAGUAAGAAAAAAAGCUGUGUGUAUUUUUGUAAGCACAUAAAAUAUGUUUUGAGACAUGUAUUUCGGUGAAACCCCGAUAGAGAAAAUGUUUUUAAAAAACCGACAAAAUUUAUGGAAAAAAAUGAGAAUAUGUUUAACAGUUGUAAAAAAUGAAAACAGCCUUAUCCAAACGUUAAUCGAACAAGGAUAUACGCAUAAGAAUUAUUUAUCUAAACCUACACAACACAAUAAUAAAUUGAAACUUAUGAAAAAAAAAAAAAACAAAUUCUGGUCAUAGAAAAUAAGAUUUUUUUUUCUACCAGACUUUGGUAUUUAACAAGUUAGUCGGGCUAAUGUAACGACCAAAAAAUUUGAAACAGUUUAAAUGCAAAAUGUGUUCGAUGAUUGUCUUUAAUAUAUUUUCCACAAUCGCGAUGGGGGAGAUGAAAUAAAAAUGACAUGACAUUUUUUUACCGAAUCUUCAUUCGAUUGUAAAAUUAUAUCCAUUAUAAUCACACGAUUUUCGCUCUGUCCCGAGGCUGAAGCUUCUUUCAAAGUACCUUCUUCUUCUCUGGUUAACGAAAUGUAAAAAGAAUAAUGAACCACCACCACUAUGUGGUGUUCAUAACUAGAGCAAAUGUAACAACAUGUGAUAAAUUUCUAACAAAAAAAAACUGUAUAAAUGUAAUAUGUGAACUUUGUAGGCCACAUAUGAACACACAUACACACACACACACACACACACACACACACACACACA